CUGGCGGUGAGGAGGGAUACUGCACGAGGGGAGGGACAGGGCGUAAUCCAGUACUGCUUUGUGAUUGGGGGUUUUGGUUGUAACAUAUUGUGACAUAAACGAGACAAUGGGCAAAACAGGGUCUUACAACAUGACUGUGGCGAUUUUCACAAUAUACAGGCUAAUAAUAGCUUACAAAGGACGUGAUACCCUGGUUACAGAUGCACUUAUAACCAUUGAUAUAACGUUAGGCUAACAACAAUGACAAAGGUCUGAAAGUUGGAAAGGUUCGACAACAUUUUAAUUCAGCAGCAGUAAUUCGCCAUCACAUAAACACUAGGCUGAGUUUAUUUUCACGUCUGUGGAGACGGAAGACUUUCCGAUCUGACGACCGGUGUUUACCAGACGAGGCGAAAUAAUCUCAGACCCGCCUGUUCUCUCCGCUGACAUGGCGACUAACAUUGUCCGGACGCUGUUUCGUGCCCCUGUGCUCACACAACUUGGGUCUCCUCGGUUGGCCUGGAUGUCGCGGGGGAAGGCAGCGGCCGUGGUUGGGGCCAAACGUUUCUACUGCGAUCCUCCAGAGAAAAUCAGUCGCUACCCCGUUCCCAACAAGAAAGACCUACCUUAUGAUAUAGUGGAGCUUAUGGAGGAAGUGGAGUUAAAGGGAGGCUUUCUUCCUAACGUCUUCAAGGUCUUCGCUCAUAGGCCAGCAGAAUUCAGAGCCUUCUUCGGAUACUAUAAUGAACUAAUCAACAAAGAUACAGGCGGAUUGACCAAGGCAGACCGUGAGCUGAUUAUAGUCGCAACUAGUAGCCACAACAAGUGUCUUUACUGUGUAGUAUCCCACAGCGCACUGCACCGUGUCUACUCUAAAAAACCUACUCUUGCCGAUCAGGUUAUUGUAAACUAUGAGAGUGCAGAGCUGGGACCUCGGGAGCGUGCCAUGCUGGACUUUGCACUAGCUGUGUGUCGCUGCGACACCAUCACAGAGCAGCAUUUCCUGGCUUUGGAGCAAGUGGGCUUUGACCGUGAGGAUGCCUGGGACAUCGCUGCCCUAACUGCUUUCUUUGCCAUGUCCAACCGGCUUGCCCACUUCACUGACAUGAAGCCAAACUUAGAAUUUUAUAAUAUGGCCCGUAUUCCACAGGAGCGCAACGAUAAGCUGGAUAAAGAGGGCUAGUGGAAAGGAGGCUAUGUUACAAUCAAAAUUUCAGGAGGUCAGAUGACAUUGUUAUUACACUUUGGCUAGAAUGUUUCAGUUCUCUUUGUAUUUUUCUCUCCUCAUGAGCAAUCAUGUUUUCAAAUUUAUAUGAUGAUGAUAUUUAUAUGAUGAAAUGAAGUACAAUAUUAGUUCUACAGGUGUCUGAACACAAUUACGUUUCAAUGUCAGGACUUGUAUUAUUGUGUCCUGUAAUCAUAAAUCAGGUACUACAAGUAAUCUGACAGACUUUUUGUGAAGUUCUGUUUACCGCCGCCAGAUGGCACUACAUUCAUGUGAUCAUACUGUAUUCCUGUAAUGACACUCCUGAUCUAAUUUCUGGGUGCUACAUUUUCUUUCAGAGGUUAUUUUUUGCCAUCCUACUUUUAAUGUUAACCCCCCCUGUGCAAUCUGUCAUCUAAAGUGAUACAAAUCAACCAGGACUCCAGGCAUCAGCAGAAGAUUUGCUUCGGUGUGCAUGUGUGAGUGAUGUGGUUUUACACACAUGGAGUUGCUAUUUACUUCAGUGGAAUAAGGGUUAUGUUAGGUAUUUUUAGUCAGAUAGAUAUUGGAUAGAUACUUUAUGUAUUAGAAAUGUUUAGUGGAGAUAGG